AUGGCUGCUUCCACCGUCAUGGGCGUUAGAGCAUUGGGCCACGAGAAGCCAAGUCUUCUUGAGUCCGAUCAUCCUGUCAAACGUCGAGGGCCGUCGAUCAAUAUCUACAGCACAUCCAAAAAUUCGGAAAUCUGCUUGCCGAGUCCUAGUAUUCUUGCAGCGCAGGCUUUUUACAUUCAACAAAAAGCAUACAAAGCUCCUAUCACCCCUCCAGAGCCUGAAAACACCACUCGAAAGGCUCAAGAAGUUUGGCAAAUUCAGUCUGCCGUACCCUCCUCACCAGACAUUGCAUCGACUCUGGAGCAGUUCAAAAUCUCAGCUCGUUCUACCCCCGAGUCUCCGGAUAAUGAUAAUACCACUUCGCUGGUUCCUCCACGUCGACAGUCUGUGGCGACGACCGCAGCCGACGUUCCUUUCCUUUACAUUCACAGCCAUCUUCGAACUUGGGGUCAGACCUACCUCUCCAACAAGUCUUCUGCAGACGCAUUUAUCAAUCCCAUGGUGUCUCGCCGAUUGUCAAUGGUAAUGAUCCCCGAGUCUACAUUACCUGACUCCCCAACUACCACAACGAUUCGAGCGCGCGUCUUGCCGAUCGACAAAAGCAGAAAACCAUUUCUGUUGCGACGCCAAUUUGAUCUAACAGAUCUCCGGGCAGCCAUUCCACUGUCAUCCGAAAGAAAGACUUUAGGUGGUGCUCCAGUCCGGCCGCGACGUUCUGGGAGAAAUCGACGUGCUUCAACGCAGAUGUUGUCUGCUAAAACGAGCCCUAAGGAUAGAGAUAGCCUCAAGACUCCUCUGUCUCGGCUCGGGUCAGGACCUACACCCAUUCAUGUGACAUACGCGCUUCACUUCCUUCCCGUUCUUGCCGCACUGCUCCUAUCUGGCCACGUCCGAAAAGGCGAUACAAUUGACCUUCCGUUGCCAAAUCCGGACUCGUGGGCAGAAGUAGUAGGAUGGGUUUAUACUGGCAACCCGGUGGCGCUCAGUGAUGGAGCUCGAGAGAAUGUUGAGUACCUCGGCGGCGUUGUUGAGGGAGCUUGA